AUGAUAACUCCAGUACCUGAUUGUCCACACUAUUAAAGAAAUUGUGACAAGAAGGCUCCAUGCUGUGGUAAAUUUUAUCCUUGUAGACUAUGUCAUGAUGCCAAUUAUUAAGGACCGAAUUCUGAUGGAUGCAAAACUGAAAUCAUGGAUCGAUAUAAUGUUACAGUUAUAAGAUGUCGAUAAUGUUUAUGUGAACAACCACCAACCAAUUAAUGUAUAUCAUGCAAAAUUCAAUUCGCUACAUACUUCUGUUCAAUUUGCAAUUUAUAUGAAGAUGACCCAAAGAAAGAUGUGUAUCACUGCGAUGAAUGUAAAAUGUGCCGAAGGGGAAUCAAAGAACAGAAUUUCCAUUGUAAGGUGUGUGGCAUCUGUUUGAAUAAAAAAAAUUAAGAUUCGCAUAAAUGUCUCGAUCAAAUAGCAGACACUAAUUGUCCUAUUUGUUUAAAAAAUCUGAAAAUUUCAACAACUUAUAUAGCCCAAUUACCUAAUUGUGCUCACUUCAUUCAUACAUUGUGUCUCAACUAACUAGUUAAAUCCAAUAUAAGAAAUUGUCCAAUAUGUAGCAUUCCUAUUAUUGAGAUCGAAGAUUACGAUCUACUAGCUGAGGCAGCGAAAAUUAUAAUACCCACUCACAUGUAAAAUUUAAAAGUUUCAUACUUAUGUUUGGAUUGUCGUUAAACUACAAAUGAUAUCUGUUUCAAUUACUAUCUUAAAUGUAGCAAAUGCGGCUCAUACAAUACAAAAUAAUGA